CACAUUUCUAAUUCUAGAAAUCUCUCUGUUGUUACGUGAAAUGUAUUUUCACCCGGUCGAUCGGUUGACCUGGAACAUGGUUCACUUCUGCCUAUUUAUUCUCUGGAUCUCAGGGUCCUUUUUCGGUCUAGCGCCAAAUCGCCAAGGCUGACAACUUUUGCAAUCUCGGCGCGUCCAAAAGCAGGAUUAUCGUGUCAUUUUCUUCCGUGCCUCAAUUGCCAAGCCAACACUCAUCUCCUUCUCUUGACCGCUCCAUCAUGAGGUUCCCCAUUUCUCUGAGUAGUCCUCAGCUUUCCUGUCUGUCUGUCUGUCUUUCCUCAGCGCUCACACGGAGUCACUCAUUCUCUUCUUCUCUCAGCAGUCUUCUAGUGCUACCUUCAAUAUGCAUCCUAUACUCGUUACCAUCACAGCGCUGCUCCUAUCCAACUUUCCAUGUGCAGCUGCAAUCGAUAGCCUCAAUGCUCCCUCGUCCGUCAAAGCUGAGACGGACUUCGUGGUGUCCGUCAACCCUGACCCCGAAAAAUCUGCAUCUUCAGACCCUCAUUUCACCGAAUACCGCGUCUACCUCGCAAUAUCACCUCCAGGAAACAUAAAAUGGACCCUUGAACCUGUCUGCUACCUCAUCAACUCCUCCGCUAUCAGCAUCACAGAGUUCACCGUCCAAAUCCCUGCCUCCGUUGGACCUUCCGGACCAGGCUUUUAUGCUAUCGCCACACAAGAGUUCGGCGCCCGGGGAGACGACUCGGACAUAACUUACAGCGAUACCUUUAGCUUCACUGGAGAUACGGGGAAGUGGACGCAAUAUGAGCUCGAGGACGAUAUGGAUAAUGACCCUGACAGCACGCCAUGUUCUGCAUACAGUUGUUCUAAACAGUGCAGCCAGAAGUUCUAUUCUGAAACAAGGAACGCAACGACUAUCGAGGACUUUCACAACACCUACAGUGGUUGGCUAGCUUGUCCGGGAACUACAUACAGGAGCUGGGAUUAUCUGCUCGAACAAUACUGGAAGUAUAGGAACGCAACCAGCCCGGGCUCCGACGAUGGAGGACCAGACACAUCCAGUUCAACCCCGAAGAGUACAUCAGUGACGAAGUCGGCAACUACGACGACCAAGCCAAGAUCGACUAUAUCGGCGUUAACAAUGUCGACAUCGACAUCUGUUUCUGGAUCAUCGACCUCUACCUCCACGACCACUGGAAGCACCCCCUCGCCGACGAAGAGUGCAAGCGGAAAUAUUGGGGUGGACUUGUUUGUGUUAAUGAGUGCAUUAUCUGGUUUCGCUGCGUUAUUGUAUACCCUCUAAUGAAACUAUCUGUACUCUGCAGUCUUUUAAUCCAAGACUUAAAACUGCG